AUGCCGCGCGUUUCGUUCUUUGCCCGAUCGGGGCCGCGCGGUUUUUCCCGCCGUAAUUGGCCCAGCGCCUAUUUCGGCCGCGGAGCGCCUAGCCGCGCGGGGGCUUGCCCUCCGAUGGCGCGGUUCGCGUUCGGCAUUCGCGGGCGGCGCGUUGAUUGCGCUUCUGGCGUGCACCUUUUUUCGUCGACAUUACCCUUGCUGCGGUACAGGGAACUGUGU